UCCAACGAGGCUAACAUGACAGCAAAGAAGAUGGAUGCCCCUCCAACAAGUUAUUGCUGACGCUUGAGAGCUAUUUUCUAGUUUUGAAGCGGUGCUUCAUCAUCUUUUCUUUUAAAAACAUGUUAAUCUGGCUUUGUAUCUCAGUUUUAAUUUUGCACGAGAGUGAAGCGUUGGACGAGCUCGCCCCCACCGGAACCGGGACCAGACCCUCUCCUCUGCAUUUCGAUGAUGAGGGCAACUUCUCAACGGACAGAGAGCCUCCUCUUCGACUACUGCAAGUCCCCGAACUCUUGCCCGGUUUAAACUUCAACCUGAAGGUGCAGGUCACCGACAUGUUGACUCGCCAGCACCUGAACAAGACAACGGUGGAUCUUUAUGUCAACUACACCAGAACAAAGACGGUUCUUACAGGGGAAGACGGUGCUGUUUUGCUCCAAGUACCCUUUGAAAACGGACCACCUGUCACAGUAGUGGCAUGCAGGGAUGGCUACAUUUGCACCGUGGUUCCAUACAAAACGAUCCGGACACCAAUAUUUUCCUCAGUGACCAUACCUCUACUUGGUCAGACUCAAGGAAACAUCUGGCUUUUUGAAGACACUUUCCUGAUCACUGACAAAACAUCUGUUGGUUCAUUAAAGCCCAUUGUCCAGUUCCCUAAGAGUCUGUUGAACCUGACAGAGGGCAGUGACAUCACAUCUUUUAAAGCUUACUUAACCCUCCCCAAGCCACCUAUAGAAGGGAGAGACUUUCCGAAGACAUUGGGAAUCAUUAGUAGCGCAACAGGACUCAUUAGCAUGGAGUUGCAUCCAGUGGCGGCCAUUAGUGUGCGACUCUUCUCCGGAGACAGAGAGUUGCAUAUAAGCGGACAAGUAAAGAUCAGCCUAACACUUCCUGACAACUGUGGACUACAGUCUUCGAAUGCAGUUCCAGCGUGGUUAUAUAACCAGACCACUGGUGGCUGGGUGAGACAGGGAUUAGGGACAGUCGUGUCAGAGAGUGGAAAACUGAGUUGGACAUUCACAGCUCCUCAUCUUGGUUACUGGAUUGCUGCACCUAUGCCAACAACUGGAGAUGUCUUUAGGGGUGACGUCCUCAGUGAUUUCUUGGAACAAUAUCCAUCAUUCCUGAUGGUCGCGGUUGGAGGACUGUUUUGUAUUUUUGCCUGCCUUCUUGUUGGAAUAUUGUGUUGUCACAGAACCUCGGUGAGGCAAACUAAAGUCACACGGUUGCUACCACUGAUGAAAAAAGACCAAUUCACCAUGACGGGCAGCAAUGAAGACAUUGAGGGAUCUACUCAAUCUCAACAUGGCCUGAAGCAGUUUACUGAAAAAAGGGAUGAACAACACAAUGUCAAUGUAGCCAUAUACAAUGGCAAUAUUAUAGCCAAUCCCAAUGCUUUGCCUGGUAUUGCUGAACCCAGUGAUUUAGAUCCUUCAACCAAUACGACUGAGCUGAUACGACUCCCAGCAUGUCUGACAGAAUCUCUGGUAUUUUACAACCAGCCGCUUGCCAUUAUGCAUGCUUCUGCAUUUUUCCAAGGGGAAGACCAACAGGAGCAGCCCCAUUGGAGUAAAUCAAUGGCUUUGUACACUGGUGACACAGAGAAUCUGAGUGAAGAAAAAUGCAGCCAAAAUGCAUCACAAGCUCUAAACCAAGUUGGAGAUUCUGAAAGCAAAGUUAGCAACUUGGAAAACGCUCAGGUACCAACAACCAGAGGCCAGUAUGGCCUUCUCGAAUCUGCCUCAGUUCCAGAAACAUUAAGCAAAAUGAAGGUCAGUAGACAUUCGAUGGACGCUGUGACAGAACUUUCAAAAAUUCCUUCGUCGCAACCUCCCCGGGCCUGGUUCGUGAGUCUCGAGGGCAAACCUGCUGCUGAGAUCCAUUACGCCGUGGCGGAGCAGCAGAGGAGAAGAAGAACGGCGGAAAGUCAAGAAACCAGUUUAGAUUCGGGAGUGGAUAUGAUCGAGAUGAACCAGACGCCCAGCAGGCGAGCUGUCACUCUGGAGCGGAACGCUACUUUUAUAAAAAGGACGUCCAGUGGCAAACAUAUUUCUCAGUAGCUAAGCAACAUUCAUGUCUGUUUGACAAUGUGUUCGAAGGAAGGAUUGUGGCUCUUUUUUCCACAUUUUCACUACUCUCUGCAUUUGUCACACUUACAAAACAGCAUUUUUGCUGAAUCGUCUUAUAUAAUAUUAUAUAAUCUUAUGUAAUAUUGAUGGAACGAGGACCUGGCUGCCUCUCAUGUUAGUGUGCUUGCAUUAACUCUUGUUCCACAUUAGAAUGAUAAGACAAAUGUAUUUAAUACAUUUUCACAAAUUGCUUUUGUGUUUAUGUACAUUCAUAGGUUUAAAAUACCACCAAGUUCAUCAACCAAUGAUUUUUAGUUUAACCUUUAAAUGUUAAUUUGUGUUUUAUCCCAGUGACUCCUUUUCCUGAACACCCUCAACACAAACAGUUUUUAUUGCAUGUAGGUUUCGUCAUGUAAUCUCAUGAACUGAAAUUGUCUUAAUGCAAAUGAACUACUUUCUGCUGGCAUGAUGUCGAAUGACACAUUUUUAAACAUAAAUAAAUUAAAACUGCGA